AUGUCUUUUGACCCUAAUACGUUUCAUUUGAUUUCACGGAACAGUCUGACAGAAUUCAAAGAGCUACCGAGUGACCUUCCGUUUCCGCAGCACUCGAAUAACAGUGUAGACCAUCCGUUCCAACAAGCUCGUGAGUACAAGCGGGCAUUAAAUGCAGCCAAACUUGAUCGUUUGUUUUCAAAGCCAUUUAUUAAAGCGUUAGAAGGGAAUCCUGAUGGAGUGACAUGUUUGAGUCGCGCCGGAGCUGAGAUUUCUUAUAUAGUGAGUGGAGGGUAUGAUGGUGAAGUUCGUGUGUGGAAUGUAGGUGUGAACAAUUGUAUUUAUAAGAUGCAAGCGCACGACACAAUAGUUACUGGUGUAGUAGUUACAUCAACACGACAAAGUGAACAAUUAAUCAUUACAAGUUCAUCCGACAGUACUGCUAAGAUUUGGCCUUUAUCUGUUGCUACUGAAAUCUCAGGAUCUCCCGCUCAAGUGACCCGUCCCCUUAUGACGUAUAACAAUCAAAUUCCUUUGCAAUGUGUUGAUUAUCGAAGAUAUUCCGACUCGUUCUGUACUGGAGGAAAUGAAGGCGUUGACUUGUGGGAAUUUGAACGAGACCAACCGACUCAACACUUCAAUAUCACUGAAGGUGCAUUGAAAUGUAAAUUCUCCCCUACAGAAACAAACAUCAUUGGAAUCACUAACGUCAAUCGUUCAAUUGGAUUUGUAGAUAUCAGAAUGUCGACUCCAGUCACUUUUAACUACUCCGAAAGAAGAAAUAACGACUUGUCCUGGAACCCACAGAAACCCUACUUCUUCUCUACUUGCUCAGACGACUUCAACGCGUACACGUAUGAUAUGAGAUACAUGAAAACACCGUAUAGAAUUCACAGCGGUCAUGUCGGGCCAGUACUCACUAUCGACUACGCUCCUUCGGGUAUCGAAUUCUGUACAGGAUCCUACGAUAAAACUGUCAAAAUAUUCGACCCUGAAAGAGUCAUAGAAAAACAAUGCUAUUACGGAGAACGAAUGCAAAAGGUCUAUAACGUAUGUUACUCGGCUGAUGCUCAUUAUAUAUUCUCAGCUUCAGAUGACGGAAAUAUUAGAGUCUGGAAGGCUAAGGCAAACGAAUCGACAAAACUCUUGGGAAGAGACGAGGUCAGAGCAAUUAACUAUAGAGAAGCUCUUGUCAAGAAGUACGAAAACCUCUCGGAAAUUAAUAAGAUCAUUCAGAGAAAGAAAUUACCAAAGGAAAAUGUCGUUCUAAGAAAAAGCUAUCUCUCAUCACUCGAUUCGAAGGCUAGAGGACAUUACAACAAAAAAAUCAAAACUUACGAAGGAAUCGAUGAAGUGAAUAAAGAAAACAAAAUGAAGAAAUUGAAGCUGGAUAUUAACAGUCAAUUUAUCUCUGAUCAGGUCAAACAAAAAAUGAAUGAAAAGAAUGAGGAAAUUAGUGCUUUUCAAUUGGUUAGAAAGAAGUUACGAGCUCAGGAAGAGAAGGCGAAAAAAAAGGAACUCGACUCAAGAAAAAAAUGA